AUGUCAAAUAUUGAAGAAUUCAUAGAUUUAAUUAGUUAUGCCCCUAUAGAUGUGAGAAGGGCCUUCAGCAAAGUCCGAGAAUUGGCAAAUUUAGAAAAAAAAUACGAAGAAACUUUGGAGUCAACAUAAAAACUAGUCUUUCAAUUGAAAUCUGUGGAGUCAACGGCAGAAAAGGAAAAAUUCAUCUUAUAAUUGAAAGAGUAAAUCCAAAGAAAUCACUUAUCAUUGUUGGCUUUGCAUAGAGAAAGAAUUGCGGCUUUAGAAAUAAUUUAAUAAAAUUAUUAAAAAUAUAUAGCAACACUUGAUAUUGAGGGAGAAAAGUUUUUGGAAGAACUUAAACAAUUGCCAAGAGAAUAAGAAGACAUAUCUCGUAAAUCCCAAAGGGACGUCAAAGUGGAACCUCCUGUGAUGGUGCAAAAGAGUGACAAAAUAAAAAAGACCAAAAGACCAUUGCAAGAUGAAUAAGCAGAAGAUGCUCAAUAGCACCUAUAUUGCGUUUGUUAAUAACCCAGUUAUGGCACUAUGGUGGCUUGCGAUUCAAAAAAUUGUCAAUUAGAAUGGUUUCAUUUGGUAUGCGUGGGAUUAUCUGAUGUUCCAGAUGAAAAGACGAAAUGGUUCUGUCCUAAUUGUAGAUAGACGAGAUGA